ACAUUGAGCAUUUCCCUGCGACGUUAUAGGCCGGUUCCGGAUGUAAUCCCGCUGAGGGGGACGGUGUUGCGCGCUCGCUGGUGUCGGAUGCAGGCACCAAGCUGUGGGAUCGUGACGGCGCGUUCCUGUCGCCGUGGAGUGGAGCUCCUGGGCUUCCUUGAUAAGAUGAUGGGUCCGCACUCCCUGGCUUUGAGGCAGCCUGUGCGAGUCGCGUGGCUUCUAUUUCUCUUGUUGGACGCUUUAGCUGCGAUUGGAACGCUCGAACACGCCUCAAUAUGCCCAAGCGCGUUCUCUGCUCCUACGGCAUUGAUAUCGAUGCCGUCUCUGGCUGGAUCAACACGCGCGACGGCUCGCCCGCCAAUCCCACCGACGUCUCGCGCGGCGUCUUCGGCGCAACCGUCGGCAUUGACCGUCUCCUGAAGCUCUGGGACAAGUAUAACAUCAAAGCCACCUGGUUCACGCCCGCGCACAGCGCCGAGUCCUUCCCCAGCCAGAUCAAGAAGAUCGCAUCAAAGGGGCACGAGAUCGGCCUGCACGGCUACACGCACGAGUUUGUGUCGACGCUGAGCGAGCAGCAGCAGCGCGAUGUGCUGGACAAGAGCAUCAAGGUGCUGACCGAGAUCACGGGGAAGCGGCCACGGGGCUGGACGGCACCGGCUUGGUCCACAUCCAAAGAGACCAUCAAGCUGCUCGAAGAGUUCGGCAUCGAAUACGAUCACUCCUUCAUGCACCACGACUCGCAGCCCUACUACGCCCCCGCGCCACACCUCUCCACGCACACCGAAACCGACACCAGCAAGCCCGCCGCGCACUGGAUGACGCCCAUGAGCACGCUGCGCGCCAGCAGCGUUGUCGAAGUCCCCGCAAACUGGCACCUGGACGACUGGCCGCCGUUCCAGCUCUCGCUCACGCAGGCCUCGACGCACGGCUACGUCGACACGGCGACCAUCGAGCGCCUCUGGAAAGAGCAGUUCGAGUACCUGUACCGUGAGUGCCCCGAGGACGGCGGCAGCUUCGUGUUUCCCAUCUCUAUCCAUCCCCAGGUCAGCGGGAAGCCGCAGGUCAUCCUGCUGCAUGAGCGCUUUAUCGAGUGGGUCAAUGGGCAUGAGGGCGUCGAGUGGGUGACUAUGGAGCAGAUUGUGGAUGAGUUUAAGGCGGGGAGGUUGGGUGGGGUUAGUGUGGAAGGGGGAGCGGAUGUCUGAGGAGACGGGGAUGGGAUGGCGCUGGGGUUGAGGU